GACUCGAGCUGCACGGAGUGCGCGCAAGACUCUUCGGAAAGCUACCAAAGGUGUUAUGCGGUCGUAUCACUUCCGGAUACCAAAAUAUACAUGCCACUACGCUUCCGGCCUUGGUUCCUUCUGUUCACAGCCUUGGUCAUGGUAGUGUUGGCUCUCCUAGGCUUCACGAACCUUUCCCAUUCGUUACCGUUGAAUGACAAGAUGCUACACUUCUUUUGCCUUAUGCUCGCGACUGGAGUAUUCUAUUUCAUCUUCGACGUCGAAGAAGAUGCGCGUCGAAUAUGGUUCUGGCACCAUUCACCACUUAUAUUCACUGGCACUAUGUGCUUCCUCUUCGGGGGCAUCGUUAGCGAAUUCGUACAGUCUAUGCUGCCAUACAAAGAAUUCCAAAUUGGUGAUGUGUUUGCCAAUCUACUCGGUUCCUCUGUGGGGCUUUACGUCGCGUACUACUUGGAGAAGUACUACCGCCAUAGACGAGAGAUUUCUCGUCUCUAUCGUCCUCUUAAUGCCGAAGAUGAUCUCUCUGACGAGGAGGAUUUAGAAGCGGGAACUCAGUUAUUACCCACGCCUGUUGAUCCCGUAGCGACUCGUGAUGCGGCAAAAGGUCCGGCCAAAACGUCUCGCCUUCAAGAUGUGUGGGACGAAGGCGAAGAGCUAUUCGACAUAGGUGCCGAAAGCGAGGAAGAGGGCGAGACAUCGUACUCGCGGGAGUCCCCACCUAUCGCACAUCUCUCGGACGGACCGAGAUAACUGGAUUGUGCACGGACUGUAGUGUAUUUCUGUACAGUAGAUUUACCUCUAGACUUUUAGCCCC